UUCCACCGACCAAACCCUCCGUCCUCGCCGGCCGCCGGCCAUGGAGAAGGCCACGGCACCCACCGCCAAGAACCGCGAACCCGGCGGAGCCGCCGGAGGCAUUCCACGGAAGCGUGGUCAGAGUGACAACUGCUACGGCGAUAUCAUAAGCGGUCUCCCCGACGCCAUCCUGGGCACCAUCAUCUCCCUCCUCCCCACCAAGGAGGGCGCCCGCACGCAGGCCAUCUCUCGCCGGUGGCGCCACCUCUGGCACUCCGCCCCCCUGAACCUCGAGGUCGCUCCCAGCCUCUGCGCCAACCUCAGUGAGCUCGCCUCCUUCCUCUCCAAAAUCCUCUCCGACCACCCCGGCCCCGCACGCCGCUUCCGCUGCCCCUCCAUCCACCUCGGCGACAGCUACGCACAGGUCGACGGCUGGCUCCGCUCCCAAGCCCUCACCAACCUCCAGGAGCUCGACAUCAGUUUCGUUCGCCCGUCGCCGCGGCCCGAGACGGAUCACGCGCUGGCGUCGUCUCUGUACCGCCUGGCAUCCACCCUCGUCAUGGCCAAAAUCGGCGGCUGCAAUUUCUCCAAAGAGAUCGUGCCACUGUCGAAUUUCCCCUACCUGAAGGACCUCACACUACACUACGUUUCCUUGUCGAAGGAGUUCCUACAUGGCAUGCUCUAUAGCUGCAAGGCCUUGGAGAACCUGCUGCUCUGGAACAUCUUUGUUGUCGGCCACCUCCGCAUUAGCUCACCGACUCUUCGGCGCAUUGGCUUCUCCGUUUGUGCUGGUCACAAAGAGCUUGUCAUUGAGGAUGUGCCUCGCCUUGAAAGGUUGCUGCUACCUUCUCGAGGCAGAGGCGGUGGGACUAUUCAGUUCAUCCGGGCACCUAAACUGGAGAUGUUAGGCCCUUUGUCAGCUGGUGUUGCAGUAUUCCAGGGAACGAUGCCGAUCAGCUUGACAAACUUGAUACACACUGUGAAGGCUUUAGCUCUCACUUCUGGCCCUCAACUGAAUGUUGUUCUUGACAUCCUCAAGUGCUUCCCCUGCUUGGAAAGGCUCUACGUUGUUCUGCAGAAAAAUUCAAAGAUGAAUGUGAAAGACGUGUCUCUGUAUGGCCCACUAGAUUCAGUCGAAUGCCUUGGGACCCAUCUCAAAGAAAUGGUGAUACUGAAUUACGAAGGCUGUGAGCAAGAUGUUGGCUUUGCCAAGUUCUUUGUUUUGAAUGCAGUGGUCCUAAAGAAAAUCAAAUUUGGAGUCCCUAAGAACAACAACGGUGACUGGGUGGCUAUUCAACUGGAUUUGCUGCAAGUGGAGAAUAGGGCUUCUCAAGACGCUCAAUUUGAUUUCAAAUGUGGUUUGGAUGAUGUCAUUAACUACCCGUGUAUCCAUGACUUGUCAUUGACCGAUCCUUUCGACUGCUUGUUUUCUGAAUGAGAGAAUGCGUCGAGGACUCAACCGCAUAUGGAGACAUUUACAUCAGGUGUCAUGUUGGACAAGAGUUCUGCCGUAAUACCGACAAGUGGGCCAUUUCCUCCUAGGUGUUCCCCUGAAUUCAGUUAGAAAAUGCCUUACUACUUACUACCAUAUGCAAUGUGGAACAUAUGCUGCGUGGAAGUGGAACCAUAUGUAGUGGUUCAUAAUGCCUUGAUACCAUUUACCAGAUGCAUCAGUUGUCACAAACCACGUUAAGUGCUCAGACGAUUCUCAGUUUUUAAAUUUAAAGUUAGACAGAAGAUCCUGUCUAAACAUGUAAGCUCGGUAGCUCACACUCCGCCUGAUCUUUCACUCGGUUUUGUUUUGCUUUCAGUUUGUUUCGUUUAUUGAUGGAAUAUGUGACAUGAAUCAUGGCACCAGGAAUGUGUGUAGUCAGAUGUGAUCAUUUAUUUAUGUGAGAUG